AUGUCAUGUAGUCAUGACCAGUUAAUGGAAUUAAUAAGAUUACGAAAUGCCAUUAAUUCACGAAAAGAAGAGUGUGCAGAUUUAGAAGCUAAGAUAUCAAAUAUUUUAUCACAAAAAUCCGAAGGAACAACCCUUAGUGAAAAGCUUCAAAGAUUAGAAGAGUUACAAUUGAAAAGAAUUGAGUUACAAUCCAGAAAACAAACUUUGAUGAAACAAAAUGAAGACCUUAAAGUAUUUAUUGAAGGAGAAAGUCAAAAACUUAUGAAAAGUGUUGAACUAAUGGAAAAAGUCCAAAAAAAAGAAAUGAAGGAAGUACUAGAAAAUAGUGUUCAAGUACUGAGUAUUGCUGAGGAACUGGAAAGACAACACAAAGAAUUACAAAACAAAGUAAUUCAAUUAAAGAAAGAACUUAUUAAUCAAUUAAAAAAAAUAUAUUCUCUAAAACAACGUCCUGACGAUAAAUUAACACAACACAUCACGUCACUAAAUGGAGUAGUUAUUCCAAAUAAAAUUGGAUCUCAAGAGCUAGAAUUAAUGAAUGAAGUAUAUGGUGAUAUUGCUCAUAUUAUUAAUUUAUUAGCUCGUUAUUUCGAUGUUUCAUUAAAAUAUCCAUUACAUCCAAACGCUAUGUAUUCUUUAAUAAGUGUUCGUGGUAAACAACAGCAAACACUCCCUUUGUACAGUAAAACAGUCAACCAACAAGCUUAUCGUACUGCAUUAACAUAUCUCAAUUAUGAUAUUGAUCAAUUACUUCUCUAUUUUGGAACAGAGCAGUGGGAGGCUGCAGCCCAUGCCCAACCUAUUGAAAAAGUGUAUUCGAUUUAUCAAUGUUGUGAUAAAUAUUUCAAUACUGCGGACACAACAGAAUGA